AUGAGUACCGAUCGACUACCAGUGGUCGACCCGACCCAAUCUAAUCAGGUCCAGCGAAGCACUGCGGAGGAAUUCGUCCAGGAGACGUUCGGAGAAGACGAGGGCGAAGUUCUCGAUCCCGAAAAGAUCCUGAAGCAGCACGAGGCUUGUCAUCCGGGGCCCGAGCAUCACUACCACUGCAUGACGGAGGCACAUCCGUCUCUGCGUAUCUUGAUUGGACAUGGGGGUGAGAUUCCACGCUGGGAAUACGGGUCCACCAUCAACUUCGCCGCAGAGGCCAAUGGAUAUCCUCAGCAAGGGGACGCAGAGUUUGCGGCCUGCCAUCUUUGGCAGGCGGCAGAGCAAUGGAAUAGCUAUGACUUGGGCGUUAGAUUCCAGUGGGUAGGCAAGCGCAAGCAGGCGACAUUUAUUCUGAAGUACGUUGACGUCGGCCCUAAAGAAUCUACCAUGGCCAAGUCAUUCUUCCCAACUUCGCGUCCUCAAAAUACCCUCUUUGUGUACAAGAAGGGGCUGGUAAAGCAUCGCAAGACGCUAAAAAACACUUUUCUUCACGAGCUCGGACAUAUUCUGGGCCUGCGCCACGAGUUUGCGUUAGAUCGUGAACACGGGGCGGUAAUCUUUGGGCUGAGAAACCCCAAGUCAGUCAUGAGCUAUGAAUUUCCACAGGAAGUGCAAGACAGUGAUAUUGACGGUACAAGGAGAUUUUAUGAGUAUCGGAAACCAAGCAUCCAGGGCCUAACAAUUACCGACUACAUUCCUAACCAGAGCAUGAAGUAA